UCUGUAUCACUUUUUCUACAAAAGUUGCUUAUAAAAACAUUUUGAGAGAGGGGGUCGUUAUGAAGUUAGUUCGUAGGCUGCACGUGUAUGAAAGUGCUAACCUAUCUGUGUGCAUUAGUAGCUUAAUUGACUUCGCUAAUACAUAGUUGCAUGAUUCUGCUUGCAUCAUCUGAAAAAUUACUGAUUCGCUGCUGCCUCAUAAACACCGUCAUAUUACUUAGCCUCUCUCAGAAAUGCCUCAAGUGCCGUUAUGGGAAUCGGAGGAAAUGUACAAGAGGUCUUUCCGGGCACUUAUAGACAACUCCAACAUCAGACAAUCAGCUUUACUUCACUUGAAUCAAGACGCUGCCGCUGAAGCUCUGAAGAAAGUUAUAGACACAGUUGACCCGAGCGAGCCCCUUAAAAUUUUGGGAAUUGGUAGCGGCCCGGGUGACAAGGAUUUGCUAAUUUUACCAACUAUAGGGGAAUAUUUUACGUCGAAAAAGGGCAAGAAGCCUGCACUCCAGAAUGUGAUCGUUGAACCAAGUUCCUGUCUCCUCGAUGAAUUCAAGGCGAAGGUUUCUUCGUUGCCGCCAUUGUUACAACAGAUUACCGAGAGUAUCUCGUUUGAAUGGCACCAGAAAACAUUUCGUGAAUUCCACGAGGAAACUGCUGAAAAGAAUCGUUUUCAGCUCAUUCACUUUUACCACAGCAUUUAUUACUUGGAUGUGGAAUACGCGCUGCGAUCCUGUUUCGAAGAGCAUCUGACAACCGACAGUGGGGUAAUAUUGUGUCUGGUUCAAGCUGAGGAUUCAUACAUUGCCCUGGUGAGCCACAAAUUUAAGGGAAAACUGAGUUGUGGUUCAGAGGACAUGUCCUUCCGCACGGAUCAGGAGCUUGUUGCUAUUGCUGAGAAACACGGAUGGAAGUACUCCGUUCCCCUCAAGGAACAGUUUGAGAUCAACGUGACCAGCUGCCUUGCCGAGGAGCCAACUGAAAGAGGUGACUUGUUGAUUGACUUUUUGACUCAACAGCAAAAUUUCCGGGCGACUGCCGAGCCAGAUUUGUAUCACAGUGUGAUUGAGUUUAUCGAUUCAUUGACUUUUACCAAAGAAAACGGCGACAAGUUUGUGCAAGGACGCAGUGCCGUAGUAAUAAUCUACAAGUGAUAAAACGUUACUUAUUUAUUUACACCUUUAAACAACACGGUGUUAGUCACGCAAUAGUUCGACGUUGUCACGCAACGCAGACAAAUUUUCCUUUUGUGUAUAACCGUUAGAAAAUCAUCAGACAUCAAUCGACCGUUUCGAGCGUAGUGUAUCUGCCAAGUUUCAUAGAGGUUUUAAGCAAAUACAUAAAAGUAAUAGCCUCAAAACGUUAAUUUUUGUGUUGAAUGGUACAUAACCCUUUAACCCCUAAGAGUGACCAGCUUCUAAU